AUGAGAUGUGGUUGCAAAUUAAUUGCAACCAAUAAAACCAUCAAAACGGCGAACCAAAGCGAAUUUUUACACACCAAAACGCACCCACGCUUGUUCCCAAGCGUGCGGUCACCUACCAAUGCAAUAGAAGCAGCAACAGCAGCAGUCACACAAACACACAAACGUACAAAGAAAAAUCUCAGCAGACGGAGAAGCAGAAGCUGUCUCAUUCUCUUACAAAAUCUCACUUAUAUAAUGACUUUAGUAACAGUAUUCGCAAGCGCACUGGCGUUGCCCACCCCCAUAGCAUCCACAUACCCACCUUCCAUACAACCCACAACACCAUCAGUAGUGACAGCAGCAACAAAAGCCGCCACAACGCAAAACACAGUGCCGCAUAGCCGCAAUACGAUCGACGUGAGCAGCGGCACAGUCUACACGGCGGCGCAGACACCUUCGGAUGGGUCGCGGCUGCGUAAACGACAUAGCAAACGGCAUAGUAAUUGGUAUGACUUUAUUAAUUUCAACGAGAACACAACCGAAUUGGAAUGGGUGAAUCCGUGUGGUGGUUUCUAUGUGCCGUCGGCGAUGGAGGGCGGACGGGCAAUGCGGCGGAAGAGUCCAAAGCAGAUCUUGAAUAUGCUUAAAAAGGCAGCUGGCAAUGAGUAUAAAAUGUUGAAGGCCGGCCAGCAGGAUAUUGAUAUAAGCAAUAUUGAAAUUUGGUCGCUGCACAAUAAGACUUACAAAUUUCUGCCGAAAUUGAAGAGCAACUCAACGAUCGCGCUGAAACGUUGGUACCGCAACAUACAAUCGUACAUCGCUUCGUUCGCUUAUCUGCGUCGCAUUCAACGCGCCUGGGACAUGAGUAAGCUGCAGCGUGAGAAUAAGACCUCACGUGAAUUGAAAUUCUUGCUCUUCAGCUCGCGGCGCAUCCUAUGCGAAAUAGAGACAGCUAUCAAUGAUACAAUGCCCGUGCCGCGCACAGCACGCGGCAUACGCCUACCGCACGUGACGCGCAACCAAAUGAACAAACGAUUGAAGCUCUACACAAAGCGACGUGCCGAACGCAAUCCGAAAGUGUUGCAGGAGGCGAAUACCAUUGAUUUAAUGUGGGUCAAAUAUUAUUACUAUGAAUUUUUGGAGACAAUGUGGAAGGUGUUGCGUCAGAAAACGAAGAGACGCGGUCAAGUGGCAUUGGCGCAAAAUCCAAAAGCUUACAAUGAGGUAGAGAAGCAUUUCGGCAGCAUUGCGGCGGCGGCGGCAGAGCAUGAAACGGCAGUAAGAACUAGCGCCGAUGGCGGCAGUAAGAAGCGUAGUAAAGGGCGUUUGGCGCAGCUGAGGCGGGGAAAUGUGGGCAGCAAUAGGGGGAGUGCCAGCAGCCGUCGCAGAGGUACUAGUGGUGGUGAUAGUGGCAACAAAAGCCGUUUAGCGCAUACGCGUGACAGCUGA